AAUUGCUCUAAAGAUUUGUUAAAUGAAGCAACCCAUUUUCAAAAAAAAAAAAAAUAGUCCAUACGUUACAAAAAGAAAAGAUAAUAAGAAAUAAUUUGUUUUCCAAAUAUAGAACCAAUUUAAUGUAACCUGCCAGGCUGCCAUAUAAAUUAUACAGAAUACACUAUGUUUUCAAGAACAAAAAUUGAACUAAAACUCAUGUCGAUAAUAAGGUAUGUUGUUAAAUUGGUCCUCAUCCCUUUCCAUUGAUAUUUGGAAACUAAAUAGAAUAUUCUGUUACCAAAUUUUGCACCAAUAUUAUAAGGCAUAUAGAAUAUUCUGUUACCAAAUUUUGCACUAAUAUUAUAAGGCAUAUAUAAUAUUUUGUUUCCAAAUUUUGACACCAGUAUUAUAACGCUUGAACAUUAAUAUUUUCUUUCUGAACAAAAAAUAAAGAAAAAAUAUUACAAAGCAAACCUUGCCAUAUGGAGUCCAACACUAUUGCAAUGUGAAAUGACUAUAAAACUGGACGCAUAAAACUGAAACUCAUAUCAACUUUUUUACAUAUUUACUAGCCUUUGAGUUUUAUUACUAUGGCUACUAGAAAUUCUAAAACCAUUAUUGUUACAGCUAUGUCUAUUGUAACAUUUACUCUAAUUUUGUUUGCUGGUUCAGUCCAAGGACUUGAAGAAAAAUCUAUUGAGUUUGAUAAACAACUCAACCUUAUCAAUAAACCUCCACUCAAGAGUUUUAAGACUCAACAUGGUUAUAUUAUCGAUUGUAUUGAUAUCUACAAACAACUUGCUUUUGACCAUCCAUUGCUCAAGAAUCACACCAUUCAGAUGAAGCCUAAAACUAUUCCAAAAGAAAAUGGAAGAGAUGAAGAAGCUUCAAGUACUAAACUCUACAAAUCUCCAAUCAACAUGCCUAAGAACAUAAAGUGUCCAGCAGGAUCAGUGCCCAUCAAAAGGGCCACAAGGAAAGAUCUUUUAAUUGCAGAAUCUUUUAAGUCUAUGGGACUAAAUUAUCAAACAAAUACUACUCAGCACACUAAUAUAGUUGACCCUAAAGGCCAUUAUUUUGCAGUGGUUGUGUAUCGAGACCAUGUUUAUGGCGCAUCAUCACGAAUAAACAUAUGGAAACCGAAUAUUAAAGAUGGUCAGCUUAGUAUUGGCACUACAUGGGUUGUAACUGGUCCUAAAGAAGAUACCAAUAGUAUACAAGCUGGAUGGGCAGUUCAUAAACUUCUAUCUCCAAGUGAUGCGACACUGUAUACCUUUUGGACUGGAGAUGGUUACCAAAAGACAGGAUGUUACAAUGUUCUCUGCCCAGGAUUUGUACAAGUUAGCACUCAAAUCGCCCUCGGCCAAGUUUUAACACCUUCAACUCACAACGGUGCUCAAACCGAUAUGCUAAUCAGCAUAUACCUGGAUCGCCCCACAGGGAAUUGGUGGCUGAUGUAUGAAAAGGAACCUGUUGGUUAUUGGCCAAAGGAUAUCAUACCAAGGUUGGGUGAAGGUGCAACUGCUGUGUCAUGGGGAGGAGAGAUUUAUAGCCCUGUAGGCACGGUUAGUCCUGCAAUGGGUAGUGGUGAAUUACCAAACCAAGGCUUUGGAAAAUCAGCUUAUAUAAUGAGGAUUAAAGUUGACAAAGAUUACAACCAUCCCCAAUUUCUUGAUCCUAAAAAAGAUUCCCUUUCAACUUUAGUUACACAACCUAAAUGUUACAAUGCCCAGUAUGGUUUCCAAGCUGCUGCAGCUUGGGGAUACUACAGUUUUUUUGGGGGACCUGAGAAUUGUUUGCUAUGAAUAGAGUAAAAUACUCUUUUUAUAAUUUUAUUUUUUUCUUUGCUUGUAGGAAUCAAUAAUUAAAAGUUAUUUGAUACUA